AUGAGAGCGCCUCGCGUGCAGCUCCCUGAGAGAGGUGAAGGCAUGUACCGUCUUUCCGCCUCCCUUCUCUAUGUUGGCGAGCUCAAGUGCGGCGAGCCUGACGGCAAAGGCACCGUUUACGACCUCGCUACCCGCCUCGCGGUCUAUGACGGAUCAUUCAAAGACGGCGUCUACAGCGGCCGUGGAAAGCGCUAUUCCGGCGGCAAGCUGAUCGAAGAAGGCGAUUUCGCGAACGGUCUUCUGACAUCGGGCAUCCGCCAUCAGCCCAACGGCGUGCUGCAAUGCGGCACGUUUGUGAACGGCGAGCUGUACGGAAUGGGCAGGCUGGUGUUCCCGAACGGGUUCUUCGUGUCCGGCUACUUCCCCGCAGCAAAUAAUGACGUCCAGGCAUUUUUGGCGGCAAUUCCGUCGGCGAAGAACGCCAGGAAUUUUGUCAUCGGCGUCGAGCCGCUGGCGGGAAGGAACUUUUUCUUCGAUCAGGGCGUGUUUAUCGUGGACCGCGAGAACCUGGGAUAUUUGUUCUAUUAUAAUGGAGAUGUGUUUGUGGGCGAAGUCUCGGGGACGACGCCGCGGAAUGGCGUGAUGUACAAGUUCAUGGGAGUGGAGUUUAUGAGGAUGAAAGUGGGGUCGAAGGAUGUGGUUACGGAGUAUAAGGAGCCGAAGAUGCAUGUGGAGCACGAAUAUAAGUAUUUUGAAAUGCUGUGGAAUGUUUGUUGGAGAUAG